UCUCACUUGUACAUCUACAGUGCAAUGGAUGGCUCUAUUUUAACAAUUGUGGUUACUGGUCUAUAUAUUUGGGUGAUAGGCGCGUUUGGCCACAAGAAUUUGACAGUCGGAGGAAACAUCACUUUGUCGUGUUCAAAUAUCUCCAAAACGACCACUCAAGUGGAUUGGUUCCGAGUGGAGAAUGGAACUAAAGCCUGCUGUAUCUCUUCACUGUAUGGAUAUAAUUGUGAACCGUCAUACUGUUCUGGAUUUAAACACAGGAGGUUUCAAAUGAGCGCCAACGUGACAGACGUGUUUUUGACCAUCUAUGAAGUAAAGACCUCGGAUUCGGGAUUGUACUUCUGUGGAUUUUUCAUAAAGUCAAAUAUAGUCCUUGGAGAGGCGACGUACUUAAGUGUUGAAGGUGACGGAGAUCCAAUCCACAGUGCAGUGAAUGAAAACUCACAAACUGACGGCAGGUCCAGUUGGAUAUUUCUAAUGGCCAUCUCUCUUGGGUUGCUAAGUGGAAUGCUUGCUACGGUGGUCAUUAUUCUUGUCGUAAAGUACAGCAAACUUAAAAAAGUCAAUAGAGAGUUGCAAGACAGCGCGAGGGAGGAUCGGUCCAAAGAGGUGAACUAUGCUGCCGUCAAUAUUAAAGCCACAAAAAGACCUCAAACGCACAGACAAAUGGAGACUCAUGUCAUUUACUCAAGCACAAGAUAAUCAGUUGUCUUCACUUUGGAACUGAACAUACUUUACUCUGUAUUGAGACAUUUUCUGAUUUAAAGCAGACCUAUUAUGCAAAAUCAAGUUUUUAGAUCUAUUAACCAGUUUACAGUUGUUUCCCCUUCUCAUUUACCCUCUUGAAGUUGUAUUUAGUGAUUCAUGCAUGUUUGAGUCAUCUUUAUACUCCUGUAUUCAAGACGUCAUUACAACUUAGUCCCGUUUGCACUGCCACUAGUACAGGCCUACACACUGACUGCGCUGUACUUACGUAGUACUCCUAUUUUACUUUCCUAAUCAGUGUAACCAUAGGAUGCAGCAGCAUUGCUUAGUCAUUUUGGUACAAAUGACAAAAAAUCUUCUACUCUGCUAUUUCUGCUAUCUGCUAUU